CUUUUGGUCUCUUACAGCCAACCUCAACCUAGAAGUAGCCGCUGUUCAAACACUCAGUAUUAUAUUGUAUUGGUCUUCUAUUGAGGCAAUAUGCUGACACUACAAGCAUUGGUAUAUCUGGCUUGCAAGCACUUGCAUUCACAGUGAUCAUGUUGUUUUUUUCGAAUAAAGUAGUAACUUUUUUUUGUUACAUGUCAGAAGUGAUAGGUGAACACGCAUUAGUCAUAAUCUUAGUUCUCUCUUAAUGCUUACUGCUUUAGUUGAUAAUACAAGGUAUGGAAAUUGGAUGUCCAUCUUGCAAGCUGUUUUCUUGUGGAACCAGUAAAGAGGGUGAUUCCCAUUUGGUUGAGUGGAACGAGACCGAGGGUGCUAUCAAGAGGACAUAUUCAGGUUUCAGGAAGCGAUCUUUAGGUAUUGUCCAGUUUGACACAACAAGGAAUCAUUUCCUAGCUGCUGGAGAUGAAUUUCAAAUUAAAUUCUGGGAUAUGGAGAAUGCCAGCAUGUUGACGGCUGUUGAUGCGGAUGGCGGGUUGCCUGCUAGCCCAAGACUUAGAUUUAAUAAGGAGAGUUCUUUGUUAGCUGUCACAACAAGUGAUAAUGGCAUCAAAGUUUUUGCUAAUAUAGAUGGUAUGCGCUUGAUAAGGAUGCUCGAGAGCAGGGCUUUUGAGAAAAAUCGAGCCCCUUCUGAUAAUUCUAAGGGGUCAUCAAAUUCUUUUCAACAUCCCAGGAUGAAAGAAUCGAACGAUUUGAAGGCAUAGACAAUGCACGGUCACACCAUAAUUCGUUGGGAGGCGGAAGACAGCAGCAUGGUGGUUGUUUUUAAUGCUUGUUAGAAUUAUUUUGUCUUCUGUGCUGUUUGGGAAGCUUGAUUGUCGAAUGGUAAUGAAGAAGGUAUAUAUAUUUCUAUUGAGCAGUUCGUUGCGUAUAUAGGAUGAUGUGUUAAGAAGUCCUAAUUUGACGAAAAUAGGUGGUUUUGGUGUGUAAGCGUGUACUUCUAGUCUACUGUUUCAGAGGGGGCUUCUCUGUCAGAUUUAAGACAGUAAAAAUUGAAUGUUUGCUUCUCUGUGUUGUUU